AAUAACAAACUUUAAAGCUAUUUUUAAAGUCGAGUCAGCAACAAAUUCAGAUGUUACUAUUAAUGUGUUCCAAAUUAAAACGGCAAUUACAUUGAAGAUUAUUGUGAUAAUAUGAAAACCUCAAGAAAAAUUUCAUUGAAAGAGAGUUUAAACCACGUUUAUAAAGUGCUUUACAUCAAUAAAUUGCCCAUAUAGAAAAAUUUAUAACGAUAAAAGUUGAAACAAUGAAAUUCUGAUUAACUUAAGUACGUGUAAUUUGUUUAAAAUAUAUGAUAUAAAUAUAUUUGAUGGAGCAAAUUGGGAACUACGAGUACAAUAAAAAAGACCUUAUUGGUCAUGGAGCUUUUGCUGUUGUAUUUAAAGGAAAACCUUUGGUUUCUGUAAAAAAAGGAAUAGUUCAAGAUGUAGCCAUAAAACUUAUCAACAAGAAGAAUUUAUCGAAAACACAGACUUUACUGGAGAAAGAAAUAAACAUUCUUAAAGAGCUGCAUCAUGAAAAUAUUGUUAAAUUACUGGAUUGCAUUGAGACACCUACAAGUGUUUAUCUUAUUAUGGAGUAUUGCAAUGGUGGUGACUUAGCCGACUACUUACAGUUGAAAGGAACUCUUAGUGAAGAUACAAUACGUUUAUUUCUGAAGCAAAUAGCAUCAGCUUUGCAAGUGCUGACAACAAAAGAUAUUGUCCAUCGAGAUUUGAAACCUCAAAACAUUCUGCUCAGUCAUCAAAAUGAAUUUCCAAAGUUUCUUCAGCCAUCUGACAUUAAAGUUAAAAUUGCUGAUUUUGGUUUUGCACGGUUUUUACAUGGAGAAAUGAUGGCAGCAACACUAUGCGGAUCUCCUAUGUAUAUGGCUCCAGAAGUGAUCAUGUCGAAAGCAUAUGAUGCUAAAGCAGAUCUAUGGAGUGUUGGAGCAAUUGUUUAUCAGUGUUUGACUGGAAAAGGACCUUUUAUGGCUAGCAAUCCUCAACAUCUACGAAGAUUGUAUGAGAGUAACAAAAACUUAAAACCUACAAUUCCUGCCGACUGCUCUCAAGCUAUGAAAGACCUGCUAUAUGCUUUGUUAAAACGUAAUCCUAAAGAAAGAAUUUCAUUUGAUAUGUUUUUUAACCAUCCUUUUCUGAUUGGAGAGUCAUUAUCAUUUUCCUCUACACCUGUUGCUGUUCCUUCAAGAAGAAGAGGUUUUUCUGAGUGUUCCAGAGGUGUUCGGUCACCAAUUGAAUCACUGUCAUCUCCUCGUUACACCGAUUACCUACAGCAAGCUGCUGUGACUCCUCCAGAUGAUAUUAAACUGAGUUCUGAUCCUGUUGCAGAAUUGGUUGUAUGCAAUACCAAGCCCUACAGUUCUUCAGUUCCAGAUGACUUUGUUGUAGUAACUCAACAUGGGUUUUCUUCAAAGCAAGUUUUAUUGCCACAAAGCUCUUCAGGAAAGUCUGGGUCUAAAGCACAUUUUAUUAUUGGUUCUCCAGAUAACAAUUCAUAUGACUCAGUACUCAAUGAUCAACCAAAUAAAGUUUUACUUGAAUCGCCUGAUUCUACAUUACAUAAUGUUAAAACAUUUGUAAGAAAGACAAAAUCACAUUCACCAUCUCCAACAAAUAUUUCUCGUACUCCUUCUCCAUUGGCUAAAGAUAAAUCUGCUCCUGUACUAUGCCGGAAAACCUCGUGGAAAGUUUCAACUCCUCCUUCAUUAUAUCCUGUAGCAGAUUUUGGAGAAAAUCAAAAUAAGGAAAAUCUUGAUCAGAACCAAUCAAUAAUUCAAAAAGUUGACAGAGCUCGUAGAUCAACUAUCUCCUAUAAUGAGAGGCCAAAAAAAGAAGUUACAAAAAACUAUAGUCCUCAAGAAGACUCUAAAAAAAAGUUAUUACCUGACUUGCCUGCCUCUAAUAAUGCUGUAAUUCAUAAAAGUAAAUCUUCACCCGCAUUAAUAUCUCAAGCUGUAAAAUUAAUGCCUGUUCAAAAAACACAUGAAGAAAUGAAACAAAAUUUAGCAGCUUUGUUGAAACAGCUAAAUUUUGAGAACCGACAACAUAAUAUUCUUGCAAAUCUUCCAUCGCCUGUAUUUAAACUUUCUGAUUCUCCUGAAUCACAAAAACUAUCUUUAGGAGAAAAUACUCCACCCCCAGGUGUAUUUUUAGCGGCUUCACCAUCAAGUUGGAAUGAUAAACUUAGCUUAAUUCGACAAGAACAGAACAAAAGAUCUAGCCUCAGCAACAGUUUUAAAACAGACAAUGAAAACAAUGUAAAGCAAAUGUCACAGUUUAAAAGUGAAUCUCCAAGUAAUCUUACUACAAGGUAUCAAAAUGAUGCUUUUUUAUCACGAGAACAUUUACUGGCAAUGGAGGAGAUUGAGUUUUUGUAUUCUUUUGCUGAAAAUUUGUUAAUUGUUGUAACAGACAUAAAUAUUUCAAACUAUGUUUCAGAUAUUUUAUAUGACAAUAGUAAAAUAAGCAUUGACAUAAAACCAACCGUUGAUGGCUGCAAGCAUAGUAAAAUGCUUUUGGUACUUGAAGCGUUGCGGGUGGCAACCUAUGCACUGAGAUUUGCACAGUCUCAUCAGGCCAAAGGAACUUUGAAAGUUACUUCUAUGUUUAAAGCAGUAAUAACAAAGUUAUCUUCAUUAUGCGAUGAUUGCAUUCAAAGAGUUGCAACUUUUAUAAUUUAUCCUUCAAUUGAAAAUAUAAAAACUCAUAAGGUGGAUACUGCUAAACUUCUUUAUAUUUAUGGAGUUGGAGUGUGUCAGUAUGCUGCUUAUUCUGAGUUGACAUUAAAUUAUAUACAAGCUGGACGAUGUUAUAGAAUUUCAAAAAUUUUAUUUGAUGGAUUAAUUCAACAGUCUCGAUCAUCUGCUGACAAAAAGCUUCUUACCAGUUUCUCGAAAAAUAUUGGUGAGCGAAUACGGAUUUUAGGUGUCGGCGAACGCCAAAUAGCAGAAGCGAAGACUAGGUAGAAGCAAAAAAAAAAGUUAUAUAUAUUUUUUUUUGCAUCGCCCAAUUUUAUAUAAAGUCUUUAAGUUAUUAGUUGUUUUCUUUUAAAAUGAAGAAAAUGUAUUUAUAGUUUUUGGUAUUAUAGCCAACAGUCUUAAGACUAAACAAGUUUCGUUUUGUGAGACGUUUUUGAUAAAGACGAAUUUUUAUCGUUUUGAUAUUUAGUUGUUUUUAAUU